GAACGAGGGAGGUUAAAGAAAAGUCCUAUCCCCUGCUUCUCCGACUUACUGCGCAGUUUAAACGAAAGUACUAGAAACUUCCAUUCACACAGGCGAAGAACUAUCCACAAGACGCACCGGCUUCAUUUAAACGAAGUUACUUACAGACAUCUUUACUCUUUCAGUGGAAAAUAAGAUUCUGCAGCCAUGUCUGUGAACAUUCAUCUAAACAGCCCUAAUGUGAGGUACACAGAGACACACAUUGUGGCUCAGUAUGCCUACCAGACAACAUCAGUGCACAGAGAGGGCAACAAAGUCACGUUGACACCCCGCACCACCGAGAUGACGUUUCGCACCGAGAGGCGUGUGCCCCGCCUGGGUGUGAUGCUGGUGGGCUGGGGAGGCAACAAUGGGACUACAGUCACAGCAGCUGUACUGGCCAACAAGAUGGGUCUCACCUGGAGAACCAAGACUGGAGUGCAGAAAGCAAACUACUUCGGCUCCCUCUUGCAGACGUCUACUGUUUGUCUGGGAUCAGGGCCUGAGGGCGAGGUCAACGUACCCUUCCGUGACCUCCUACCCAUGGUGCACCCUAAUGAUAUUGUCUUUGACGGCUGGGAUAUCUCCUCAAUGGAUCUCGGCAGUGCGAUGGAGAGAGCUCAGGUGCUUGAAUGGUCAUUACAAGAGCAGCUGCGAGCAUACAUGAGCCGCAUGAAACCCAGACCAUCCAUCUAUAUCCCUGAAUUCAUUGCUGCAAACCAAGAGAGUCGGGCAGACAAUGUCCUCACUGGGACGAUGGCAGAGCAGGUGGAGCAGAUCAGAGCGGACAUAAGAGACUUCCGUCAGUCGAGUGGUGUGGACAAAGUCAUCGUUCUGUGGACUGCUAAUACUGAGCGCUUCUGUGAAAUCAUACCGGGGGUCAAUGACAGUGCAAAGAACCUGCUAGCUGCAAUCCAGGCUGGAAAUGAGGUUUCUCCCUCCACUCUGUUUGCAGUGGCCAGUAUACUGGAGGAUUGUGCCUACAUCAACGGCUCCCCACAGAAUACUUUUGUACCAGGAGCCAUAGAGCUGGCCGUGCAGAAAGGGGUGUUUAUUGGAGGAGAUGACUUAAAGUCUGGUCAGACCAAGAUCAAGUCAGUGCUGGUGGACUUCCUGGUCAGCUCAGGUAUCAAGCCUGCCUCCAUUGUCAGCUACAAUCACCUCGGCAACAACGAUGGGAAGAACCUGUCGGCUCCAGAGCAGUUCCGCUCCAAAGAGAUCUCCAAGAGCAACGUGGUAGAUGACAUGGUCCAGUCAAACCCCAUAUUGUACCAGCCUGGAGAAAAACCUGACCACUGUGUGGUGAUUAAGUAUGUCCCUUAUGUGGGAGACAGCAAGCGUGCCAUGGAUGAAUACACUUCUGAAAUAAUGAUGGGAGGGACCAAUACUAUCGCACUGCACAACACCUGUGAGGACUCGCUACUCGCCAGCCCAAUCAUCCUGGACCUGGUGAUCCUGACGGAGCUUUGCCAGCGUGUGGCUGUCCGGCCCCAGGGGGAGGAGGACUUCCUGUCCUUCCACAGUGUCUUAGCACUGCUCUCCUUCCUCUGCAAGGCCCCCCUGGUCCCAUCAGGGACCCCGGUCAUCAACGCCUUCUUCCGCCAGAGGGCCUGCAUUGAAAACAUCAUGAGAGCGUGCCUCAGCCUUCCUCCUCAGAACCACAUGCUGCUAGAGCACAAGCUGCAGAGAAACUUCCUGCCACCACACAAGCCCUACAUCAGUGGCAACGUGGCUGCUUUGAAAAAAGAUGCCUUUACCAAUGGAAACUAUAUACCGCUAUCAAAUGGCAUCUGUAUGCAUGAUGAUGAUGCAGCACAUGCAAUGUGACUACAAAUACAACACUACAGCCCAAGAUAGAACUGCACCGUAAUACAAUUUGUAAACUUAAUACCUUGUAUAAAAAGACCAAAAGGCCCUAAUUGAUCAAGCUAUUGUUGCAAAAAAAAAAAAACUUAAGUAACACUUGACAACUUUGCUGAUUCAACUUGACAUUAAUGUAAGAUGCAUUUAAAAUAAUAGAUAAACAAGUCUUGGCCUAAUAAAGAAAGGCAUGGUGCUGCAACAUUUGCAUAUCAUAAACACAGUUCUGUCUGCUAUAGCUACUGAGUGUCAACAGCAGUGUUGGAAAUUAACAUUUUUGUUCCAAAAUCUACCAGCAACUAAAUUUUUUUACCGACCACUUUCUUAACCGGUGUUCUAUCAAUAAUGUGCUACCUAUCGAGAUGUGCUGCUUUGCUGUUCUGCACAUGUGAAUGACCCACAGUCUCCCUGAUAUCUUAAAUAGAGAUAUUAUAGUAUUUCAACAUGCUCCCCAUAUUCUUACAGUACACAUGGAGUCAGUAGUGGUAUGACAUAAAAAUUAUUCUGUAGUGGUAGCAUUAUUUGAUAGGGGUUAUUAGUCUAUCGAAAUACGCUACCCCUGAAAUCUUAAAUAAAGAGUAUCAAAAUAUGCUCCCCAUAUUCUUACAGUACACGUACCAAUGUUUGUAAUCAAAAAACAUAAAGACGUCAAAAUACUGUGCAAGUUAGGCCUCUGUGGGAUAUACACAUCUUGAAAUGGAAACACAUAAGGAAGCAUUUUUCGACAUGGCAGCAUAAAUCGUCAGAACACCGGCAGUGUGUAACAGCAUGUGACAACUAAUAAAACACGAUCUACAAUAUUCAAGCAAUAGGCCAUUUCAUUACAUGCGGUCAUUUUUUAAACUCUUAAUGAAAAACCUAAUAUUCUUUCUUACACACACACCGGAGCGCACCUAUGACGCGCGCACAUGCGCGCACGGUCAAGUUGUGGCUAAUCUGCAUUAACACGCUAGGCUUUCAUUUCCUGCAGGCAUGGUGGAUGCAGCACAGGCUGGCUUUGUAAUGUUUCUUAGCAAAUACAUCAUAAAUGAAUAAACAGUCAGAGUGAAUCAUGAAUGGAAGGAAUGCUGCCUUUUCCUCUCCAUUGGUAAACAUUAGCUAGCUACAGACUGCCGCUCAAAGGCUACCGGCAACUUUUAGGGUGGGAUUUUUUGUGCAUGUUACUCAAUGCAUGAGUUGAGGUCGUGAAUCAAUCAACACAUCUCAAAUGUGAAACCCUGCGAUAAAACACCACAUUGUUUUUCUGUGUCUCCUCGUUAAUGUGUCCGAGUGAAACAAGCAGACUCGUGAUUUAAUCUGCGUUGUGGAAUGUCUCAAAUCUCUUAGCUGUUUACCCGCCACCGUGGCUGGAAGGUAGAGCAAAUGCACCCCUGGUCAACAGAAGCCUAUAUGAAGCCCCAAUACUACAGUCAUCGGAGUCUGCACACUGCAUAACGUUCACGGGAGGCUAUUUUGUUACAAUAUAUAUAUUUACAGGUUUUUUAUGCAGAAUUAACCGUGAAUAUUUAAAAAAAGCAGAUGCAGUGUUUUAGUUUUUUCAUGGUGCUUGCAUCUUUAUUCAAGUAGUUUUCCAUGUGUAAUGCAAAUACAGUUGUAUAGUUAUUAGAAAUGGGUCCAUAUGUUCAUAUUUUACAAGCAAAUGUGAUAUUGAUUGGCUGUGAAAAUGAAAGGAAGCUAAAUAUGUAAAAUACAGAAAAUAUGGAUGUAGUUUUGACUAUAUUGUUUAAAGAGUAACAUCGGCUAUUAAUGUAAAAUGGACGUUUAAAUGUUGAUUGAA